CCCACAAAACCCUAGAGCGGUUCAAACAAAACCCUAAUUUCCCCCCUUUUCUUUAUAUAUUUCUUUUUUCUUUUAGUUUUUCUUUUUCACUCUCGUCCGGACACCAAAGCAACCCUAACCAGAAACUACUCUCCUGUAGUCUCUCUCUCUCUCUGGGUUUUCUGAGCUUAAUUUGGUGCAAUGGAGGUGGAUUGGUUCAGCUCUGAUGCGGCUGUUCUGGGGAAGAUGAUGGUUUGCUCUGCAGUGGAGACCCUUUUGACUGCUCAAAGAUCUCUCGCUUGCUUUCUCAUGGCGACAGGAUAUAUGCUGAAUGAUACCAACAUGCCACCGAAGUUGCAAGGGAUUGAUGAAAGAUUCCCAAUUGACGAACUUCAUAGAAGGAAACGCCCUGGUCCAGAAAACAAAGAUGCUAGUGAUACAGAUGAUGAUGAUGAUGAAGACGAAGAUGCUGAUGACCAAGAUGACGAUGAUGCAGGUGAUGAAGAUUUCUCUGGUGAAGAAGGUGGGGAUGAUGACGAUGAUGAGGGGAAUCCUGAAGAUGAUCCAGAGGCGAAUGGGAAUGGGGGUAGUGAUGAUGAGGAUGACGAUGACGAUGGUGAGGAUGACGAGAAUGAGGAUGAUGAAGAUGAAGAGGAGGAUGAUGAGGAUGAAGAGGAUCAACCACCAGCUAAGAAGAGGAAGUGAAACUAGUAGUAGGUCUGGAAUUAGUUUCUUUUUUCCUUUUUUAUUUAUUUUCGUUGUCUCUUCAUGCUUGGAAGUAUCUAGUAGGAACUAGGACCUUUAGCUUGUUUGUCCCAAUAGAAUAGGAAACUAGACAUCCUUGUUUGCAAUGAACCUAUGCUGCCUGUGAUGUUCCGAUUGCUAUCUUGGAUACCCCUUCUUGUGGAAUUUAAUCGCCUUGGUGGGAUUUAUUAAUUAAGCUCCAUCUUUCAUGUGGGAA